AAUGUGGGAGAGAGGGGAGGCCACUUUUUCUUUUUAUGGUUAACGAAUAAAAAAAACUAACAGCGUAGUUUGUUGUUUUACGCGCUGAGGACAAAGAGCCACGAGCGUCCGCGUGACAGUCAUGGAGGAGAUCAGUAACGGAGUCGUACUCUCCACUCACUCCUCUUCCUCCGCCGCGUCCGCUCCAUCGGUGCUGCUGGAAUCCACCUCUCAAAGCCAGAGUCAGGAGAACUCCUCGCCGAUCUUUCAGCACAAGCAAGCGUCCGACUCUCUCAUCCAGGUCAUCGAGAAGCUCAGCAGAAUCGUGGAGAAGCAGCCUCCGCGCCGCUGCACCGCCGCGGGACAGAAGAGAGCGUUCCAGCUGACGUCUCCCGCACGAGGAGGGGGUGAGGACGGCGUGAGGCGGAGCCGAGGAAGCUCUCCCUCUAAGAAAGUAAAGAUCGAGCAGGAGAGCAUCAAGGAGGAGCAACUGGAUUAUAACGAUGUCCUCGCCGGUGACGGCAACAACAACAGCGUGAUGCUGACGGAGGUUUUGGGCUGCCCCCGGCGGACAGUGACGUGCUAUCAGUGCAGCCUUUGCCCCUUCAUCUCCCCGACGCUGCCUCUGCUCAAAGAACACCUGAAGCAGCACAACGAGCAGCACAGUGACCUCAUCCUCAUGUGCUCCGAGUGUCACUUCACCUCCAGAGACCAGGAGCAGCUGGAGGCGCACGUACGACUGCACUUUGACCACCUGAAGAGGACUCCGCCUCCGUCGGACUCGUACGGCGUCGGGAAGGAAGAGGACGAGGUCACAGGAAGCUCCGCGGACGCCUCCCAGGAGCAGAAGAAGACAAAGUGGUACAGCUACGAGGAGUACGGACUGUACCGCUGCCUGAUCUGCAGCUACGUGUGCAGCCAGCAGCGGAUGCUGAAGACUCACGCCUGGAAGCACGCGGGUCUGGUCGACUGCUCGUACCCCAUCUUUGAGGACGAGGACGGCGCUCAAGCUGCGAGGGACGCCCAGGCUGCUGCUAACAGCGCCGCGAGCAGAGAGGAAGUGGUCGUCCUCCCCCCAGCGCUGACAGAGCAAAGCGUGCAGAAGCUUCCCGCGGGCUUCAAACUCCAGCUCUGUGUGCCGCUGAGUGUUGACGGCAAACAGGAGGUGGCCUACCACUCCGCUUCUAAUCGCGCUCAGAGUCCAAAAUCAGCAGCAGGAGAAGACCGGACCUCAGAGGAGGCUUUAAUGGAGGUGCAGGUGAGGACGGAGGCGGAGACACAAAGAGAAGGUCACGCUGUCACGGACAGUUUACUGUCGUCAGCCCAGAAAAUCAUCAACGGCAGUCCAAACGGCUCGGGACGCAUGAACGUCAUCGUAGAACGCCUCCCUUCAGCCGAGGAUUCAGUCAUGGCUGCCAACCCGCUUCUUCUGGACCCUGAUGUGGACAGGGACCAGGGUCUGCUGGCCACGGAGGAGGACGCUCUGCACCAUGUGGUCGCUGUGAAGGACUGCGGCGAAGACGCGACUGACGGCGCCUUAAAGAGCAGCUCGCCGAGAGACGAGAGCGUCCCACCGGCCGCACGGAAGAGGACACAUUCAGAGUCUCUCCGUCUGCACUCGCUGGCUGCAGAGGUGCUGGUGGCCAUGCCCAUGAGGACAACCGAGCUCCUUAUGUCCAGCACUAAGGGAAACCUGAAGACGGCCCUGUGUCCAAACGUGGACCAGAAGCUGGACACAGGCGGACAAAAGUCUCCACACGCAGGAAAGACGGCAGCUCUGAAGCUUCACAGCAGAGGCAGAGAGAAGGAGUUGGGGAGUCUGGACCUCGAAGAAGAGGAGGAGGAGGAGGAGGAGGAGGAGCCCGCCACCAAAGCUGGCAUCAGCCUGUCGCUGCUCACCGUCAUCGAGAGACUCCGAGAGCGCUCGGACCAGAACACGUCAGACGAGGACAUCCUCAGAGAACUGCAGGACAAUGCACAGUUCCAGAACGGAGACGUGGUCGCGAGCAACGGAGCGGCCGGCAGCUACGUUUGCACCAUCCCGGGUAUGGAAGGGUUGGCGGCGCCCCCCGGCGGCGGUCUGGUGGACUACGUCGCCGGCAGUGAGAGGCCGUACCGGUGUCGCCUGUGCCGCUACAGCAGCAGCAGCAAAGGCUACAUCAAACACCACCUGCGCGUCCACAGGCAGCGGCAGCCGUACCAGUGUCCCAUCUGUGAGCACGUCGCUGCCGACAGCGUGGACCUGGAGAGUCACAUGAUCCACCACUGCAAGACCAGGAUGUACCAGUGCAAGCAGUGUCCAGAUGCCUUCCACUAUAAGAGUCAGUUGAGGACUCACGAGCGCGAGCAGCACAGCCUCAGCGGUGACGUGCUCUCUCUCACAGCCGUCACUGAAGCAGCAGCCACAGUGGAGGAAGCUGAGCGAGUCACAGACGAAGACUGUGCUCAGCAGAGGACGUACAAGUGCGACGUGUGCGACUACACCAGCUCCACGUACGUCGGCGUGAGGAACCACAGACGGAUUCACAACUCCGACAAGCCUUAUCGGUGCUGCAGCUGUGACUUUGCCACCACCAACAUGAACAGUCUGAAGAGCCACAUGAGGAGACAUCCUCAGGAGCACCAGGCCGUGCAGCUGCUGGAGCAAUACAGGUGCUCUCUGUGUGGCUACGUGUGCAGUCACCCGCCGUCGCUCAAGUCCCACAUGUGGAAGCACGCUGGAGACCAGAACUACAACUAUGAGCAAGUAAACCAAGCCAUUAACGAGGCCAUCUCCCAGAGCAGCAGAGCUCCUCCGAAGUUGCCGGAGUCGUCAGCAGAGCGCCCCACGGUGGCUCAAGCUCCUCAGGACAAAGUCAAGGUCCAAGUGGAACCGACGCCGACGCCGACGCUCUCCACAGCAGCAGCGGACGUGACUGCGGACGUCUCCGCGAGUCUCCACACACACACCUCAGACCCGUCACAGUGGCCCGGCGACUCGCCCAGCUCCCGGGAGAGUGACUCGCGCGCGGGCCACGCCCCCUUACCGGGCCCCGGCAUGGAGUACUGCGUGCUGCUGUUCUGCUGCUGCAUCUGUGGCUUUGAGUCCACCAGUAAAGAGCGGCUGAUGGAGCACAUGAAGGAGCACGAGGGAGACAUCAUCAGCAUCAUCCUCAACAAGGAGCAGCAGCAGCAGGCUGACGUCCAGCAGAGCCUCCAAACAGCAGAGUGAGACCUGAUGUUUACCCACAUCCACACGACCAUGUUUUCAUUUAAAAAUGAUAAAUAUAGCUCCACAAAUCGCCAAAAUAGACACCAAAAUUCAAAAUGCCCUGGCUCCUAUUGACUCUUUUGUUCGUCUUGGGGCUGUACCAUCUUCCCACCAAGUAUUGGGGAAUUCAUGGCUCGGUUUUUACCUCAGGGGGGCGCCCUAGAGCCCUGGUGCAACACACGGGGUUCGGGCACUAUGCCAGCAUCGCAUUUUUCUCCAGCCCGAACCUCCGUGCAGAUUUUUUUCUUAAAAAUGACCGGAAGAGAUGGAAUAAUAAUCAUGAUCUGAAGGUUCCUCGCACAAAUUAGUGUCACAGCUGAUAUUUGACUUCUUAUCCAAUCAGAAAGUCUCUGUUUUUGACCGGCCAGACUAAGAUUCAGCUCCAGGGUUUUCAAAAUAAAAGCCAGCAGAUGUUUAUGACAAGUUCAGCUAAAGACUGAAUUAAAUCCACAUUUAUUCUUUGUUUUUUGGGGCUGAAAAAACAUCUGGAACAAAAUUUAUUCAUUUAAAAAAACGUGUUUAAAAUUGUGUGGAUGCGGUCUCCGUUUGACCUCUGACCCCUGUGCGCCUGCACAAACCUGCUGUCCACAAAAGUAUUUCAUUAUCUCUCCUGACCUCGAGGUCGACAGUGGACGCCGCCGCGGUGCGUUCACACACACACACAUUACCAUGUCCGUGAAAACACCCGUGCUUUUCUUGCUAAAUUUUUAAAUAAAAAGAGUUCAUUUCAAUACGAAAAACUCUAAUCAACUGAAUUAAAAAUGGUUAUUUGGCGUGACUUUAGCAGGAUUUGUGUCAGCAGUUCUCUGUCGCUCGACACGUUUGGUGUGAACGCACCUUUAAAACGGCGCGGGUGUUUUUUCACUUAAAGGAAUGUCAACAAAAAAGAAAUAGGACGAAUCUGUUUGCCAACAGGGACAAAGUUCAUACCUCACCAAAACCACACGAUCCCUCAGUUCAGUGUCGCUCAUUUUUCUGGAGUUCAUUUAUUGACUUAUAAAGGCAGCUCUUUUUCUUUAUAUUUUUCUCUUUCUCUUUUGCUACUGUAAUAUUUAACGUAUUUAAUUUUUUAGCCUCGUCCACGAGGAGGUACACGUCUAGACGAAACUCGCAUCACCACAUCACGAUGUCAUAUUUAUCAGCUUCUCGUGCAUGUUAGUUUCCGUUAUGCCAGUUUUAAAGAGGCAAUAUUAUUUGUAUUUUUUUUAUAUAUAUAUAUAUUGUUAUGAAUGACUGUAAUUUUACUCGUUGGGUUGUUUAUGAAAGAGAAAGUGACAAAAGAAUGAUCUCAAAGGGAAGUAAAGUCCGUUUGCUUGGAUAUUUGAGAGCAGGUUUUUGGUGCUGUGAGCCCACGUUUAUGAGGGUCAGUGUAGGUAUCGUACAAUUGUUUAUAGUCCACUGAUAUUUGCCACUAAACUAAACUCAAACAUAGCCAGCUGAAGUCUGUGAUAUGUUAAGAAUGUGUUUGUGGCUUUAUCUCACUGUAUGACUGAUUUUUCUCACUCUGAAAUGAAGUUUGAUAAUCGCUUACUCUCCUGCACCAAAUUCCAUAGAGAAAAUCUGCGUUUUAAGCUCAUGGAGACACAGGAGCUGCUGGUCCACUGCUGCCUCGUGUGGUCACUUUACCCCACUUACAGCAAUCGAGAGGAAAGUUUUUAAACACAGAAUUCACAAUCUAAAAACUUUUGAAUUAACAGAUGAAACUUUUCCUCUGCACUGUGGUGUAAAAUCGUUCAUUUUCUCUAUGGACUUUGGUGUGGGAGAGCGAGUCGUUUACAAAACUAAGCUAACUUCAGUUUUGUGUUUGAAUAACAAACACACAAACAGUGUUAAAAAACUAUAACAACGUCAGAAGCGUUUAGUCUGUGCCAUAUGAGGUCAUGUCAAAGAAAUGACCUCCGACAGGAUUUAGGAAGAAUUUUCUUUUGUCUGUUUUUUGUGCCUUUUGGUUGCAGGUUUUAUUCCAGUGAAAAGUUAAAAAGAAAUGAAAUGUUCUAACAACAGGAUCCAUGUUUUAAUGAUAAUUACCAGACAGUUUGUUGCAGUGGGAGCAAAAAUCCUCAUCACCUCAGUAGGGACAGGGGUGUUUCAAGGGACUACAGGGCCCCUGGCCCGGGUGUCCUCAGGGGCCUUAGGUUAAAAACCACAGUGAGUGACUGAAGCUUAUUUAAACAGCACAGCAAUGUCACCCUUUCUUUUUUAAGUUGUGAUAUAUUUUGUACAAUAAUCAAACUUAAUUUUGUAAUUUUCCAGAUUUGCUAAAAAAUUAUUGUUUUCCCUUUUUCACCAGUGGGGCGGAGCUAUCUUUUUCCCACCCUGCUGCUUGUUUGGUGUCGAGUAGAUGUUGCUACAGUAGAUGCACUAAAGAGGGCGCCAAAGUCGCUCAUUUUCAUGUCCUCACAACAGCUAGCUGCUAAACCCUGUGGCAUCAAUGCUUAAUGUUAGCAGCCUCCAUAGCCAAACACCAUAACAUUGGUUUUUGACAAUAGCAUACUACCCUGCUAAUGUUACAACAUGCUGGGGCAUCAAUGUCUGACAUUAGCGGCUCUAAUGUUGCUACAUGCUGAGGCGUCAGUCUUAAAUGUUAGCAGCUACAGGAACCAGUUUCUGUAGUUGCUAACAUUUGACAUUAGCAGCUAAUUUUGCUAUAUGCUGUGGUGUCAUUCUUAAAUGUUAGCAACUACCGCAACCAGUUUCUGUAGCAUAAACAUUUGACAUUAGCAGGUACUGUUGCUACAUGCUGUGGCAUUGGUCUUAAAUGUUAGCAGCUACCGCAACCAGUUUUUGUAGCAUAAACAUUUGACAUUAGCAGCUACUGUUGCUACAUGCUGCAGCAUCUGUCUUAUAUGUUAGCAGAUAUUAGAACCAGUUUCGGUAGCAUAAACAUUUGACAUUAGCAGCUAAUGUUGCUACAUGCUGUGGGAUUGGUCUUAAAUGUUAGCAGCUACCGCAACCAGUUUCUGUAGCAUAAACAUUUGAUAUUAGUGGGUAAUGUUGCUACAUGCUGUGGCGUCGGGCUUAAAUGUUAGCAGCUACAGGAACCAGUUUCUGUAGCUGCUAACAUUUGACAUUAGUGGCUAUUGAAGGCAGAAGCUGUGGCCUCAGUGUUUGACAUUAGCGGCUACAUUAGCCAGACACCCAUUACUUGUAAGAUAGCAGUCAGCUUCGUUAGCAAAUGAACGUGUUUGAUGCUCUCUAUUGUGGAGUGAAACUGAUCAGAACAUCCAUUUGUUAAGAGAAGAGAAAAAAGUGAAAUAUGAAAUGAUUUCUUUGGCAAAUUUGUUGUAAAAUUGAGUUUGAAUGUUGUGCUAAAUUUAGUUAAAAAAGUUCUGUGCUCACUGUGGGGCCCCGUCUGAGCUCAGAGCCCCAGGCUAUCCUCGUUACAGCUUCCCUGGUGAGAACACGUGGUGUGGACAGAGAAACAACAAACCAAGUAUGUGAAUCGAGUCAUUUUUACUUGUACAAGCUACUUUAGCUCAAUUUGUACAUAUUUCAGCUGAACCUGAAAACUGACUGUUUUUCUUAAAAAAGAUAAAGUAUAUUUUUUAAUAAUUGUAUUGAGGAAAAAAAACAGGUUUUGGAUUGGAUGUAUCUUCUGCUCUUAUUUUACUCUGUGUGUUUUUUUUAUAAGGGAACUGAAAAAACGAGUCGUGUGAAUCAAAACCAAAGCAGGUGGAAACAAAUGUGUUUUUACUCGAUGCAGUUUUGUACCGGGCGUAAAUGUAAAUGUGGAAAUGUGUCUGACAACAGCGUGAGCUUUGCUUCAUGUUUAUUUAUUUUCUAGAACGUCAUAGGCAGUAUCGUUGUUACUACUUUUGCCAGUGUAUUUUUUGGUAAUAAAGACUGAGUAAUCAUAAUAAUAAUAAUGAGA